AUGUCACUCGGUCCGAAUCGCCCCUUGGUCGCGGCCGUCGAGCCUCGAAUGGAAAUCUGCUGCGAAGAGAUCACACGGGGCAGGUAUGGCGAUGGAAGAGCUAUAUACUUCCGUUUCAAAGUGACUAUCUUGGAUGCCGAGAAGUUCAAAAAUGGCCAGGAGGUCAGGUUCCUGUUCCGUGAUGUUUUCAGGGCAAGAGAGCAUUAA